GUGAGCCCCCACGGCAUGCUGCGGCGACGCGGGGGUCUGGUGGACCAGAGGGACGUGAUUAUGGCCCACCAAGCCCACAAGAUUCAGAGUACUCCGCAGGCCCGUAGGAAAGAGUGGGAAAUGGCUCGGUUCGGAGAGGAGUCGGCCCCCGGCGCGGCGGACCGCGGGGACGGGGACGCGGCGGAGCGCGGCGCGGACGGCGCGGACGGCGCGGACGCGGCGGGGCCGGCGGGCUCCCUGAAGCAAGCCGCCAAGGCGCAGCGGGCCAAGACCAUGGCGCUGUACAACCCCGUCCCGCACCGGCACAACUGCCUCACCGUCAACAGGUCGCUCUUCAUCUUCGCCCAGGACAACAUGAUAAGGAAAUACGCGCGGAGAAUCAUCGAGUGGCCACCCUUUGAGUACAUGAUCCUGGCCACCAUCACCGCCAACUGCGUCGUCCUUGCACUGGAGCAGCACCUGCCAGGAGAGGACAAGACCCCGAUGGCCAAGAGACUGGUGGGGGCUGCGAUCCUGGCCACUGCAGGUGCCCACAUGAACAUUCCAGUGGACCUGCGGACCCUGAGGGCGGUGCGAGUUCUCAGACCUCUUAAGCUGGUCUCAGGGAUCCCAAGCUUGCAGAUAGUGCUGAAGUCCAUCAUGAAGGCCAUGAUCCCACUGCUCCAGAUUGGCCUUCUUCUGUUCUUCGCCAUCCUCAUGUUUGCCAUCAUCGGUCUGGAGUUCUACAGUGGAAAGCUUCACCAGACCUGCCUGCCGUCGGAGAACAUCAUGGAGAACGAGACAGUCGACUCCUCGGAGGUGGCCUUCGCCUGCGGGGUGAGGAAGUGUCCGGAGAGGUACGACUGCAAUGACACCUGGAUCGGGCCCAACGACGGAAUCACCCAGUUCGACAACAUCCUGUUUGCCGUGCUCACCGUUUUCCAGUGCAUCACCAUGGAGGGAUGGACGGCUGUCCUGUACAACACCAAUGACGCUUUGGGUCCUGCAUGGAACUGGAUGUACUUCAUCCCUCUCAUCAUCAUAGGCUCCUUCUUUGUACUGAACUUGGUUUUGGGAGUCCUCUCUGGGGAGUUUGCCAAGGAGAGAGAGCGGGUGGAGAACAGACGGGCCUUCAUGAAGCUGCGGCGCCAGCAGCAGGUGGAACGAGAACUGAACGGCUAUCGAGCCUGGAUAGACAGGGCAGAGGAGGUUAUGCUUGCAGAGGAAAAUAAGAAUUCUGGGAGAUCGGCUUUAGACGUGCUGAAGAGAGCCACCAGUAAGAAGACUGGUGCCCGCAGAUCAGGACCUGGGGAGGACAAGUAUGGAGAUGUGUGUACUGCAGGCAUGUCUCGAUCGAGGGUGAACUUCCGUAGCGGCCGGCGCGGCCCUGCUGCCUACCUGCGACGCAAGGAGCGCAUGUUGCGCAUCUCCAUCCGCCGCAUGGUGAAGACCGACACCUUCUACUGGACCGUUCUCAGCCUGGUGGCUCUGAACACCAUCUGCGUGGCCAUCGUCCACCACAACCAGCCCGACUGGCUCUCCAUCUUCCUCUACUACGCAGAGUUUGUUUUCCUGGGGCUGUUUUUGGCCGAGAUGUUCUUGAAGAUGUACGGACUGGGUUUCCGACUGUACUUCCAUUCAUCGUUCAACUGCUUUGACUGCGGGGUCAUUAUCGGCAGCAUCUUUGAGGUGGUGUGGGGCUUCUUCCGGCCAGGGAUGUCCUUUGGUAUCAGCGUGCUAAGGGCACUGAGACUCCUAAGGAUCUUCAAAAUCACCAAGUACUGGGCAUCGCUCAGAAACCUGGUCGUGUCCCUCAUGAGCUCCAUGAAGUCCAUCAUCAGCCUGCUUUUUCUUCUCUUCCUCUUUAUCGUUGUGUUCGCUCUACUGGGUAUGCAGCUUUUUGGAGGCAGGUUCAUCUUUGAAGAUUACACUCCCACCAACUUUGACACGUUUCCAGCUGCCAUCAUGACAGUGUUUCAGAUUCUUACUGGUGAGGACUGGAACGAGGUGAUGUACAAUGGUAUUCGAUCCCAGGGGGGUGUGCAGUAUGGCAUGUGGUCCUCUAUCUACUUCAUAGUCCUUACCCUAUUUGGAAACUACACUCUGCUCAAUGUCUUUUUGGCCAUCGCUGUUGACAAUCUGGCAAACGCACAGGAACUGACUAAGGAUGAAGAGGAGGAAGAGGAAUUUUUCAACCAGAGAUAUGCCAGAGGCAGAGAUGGCUUGUUGUCUGAGGGAAGGAGAAGACCCUACCUAUACCGCAAACGGGCCAUCCACCGAGGCCGCCCGACUUUCCCGGAGGAGCCAGAAGCUGGAGCAGGGGGUGCAGAUGAGCAGCCCCUAAAUGGCAACAAUGCCUUCGCCGCCCGCCGUGAACGGAGGAGAAAGGUUAACAUGUCAGUGUGGGAGCAGAGGGCCAACCAGCUGCGCAAGCGUCGUCAGAUGGCGAGCCGAGAGGAGUUGUUCAGUAACCCCACUGAGGACACCGUCGAGACCCCCACCAGUACCCACCACGUCCCCGCGCUUUCCCCAGAGGCCAGCCCAGCGCACCUGCCUGAGUCACCCAUGUCUGUGGGUAUGCCGCUGCCGGAGCCCCCCAUGUCCGUCGCCAUCCCCAUGCCUGAACCCCCAGAAGCUGAACCUUUGCCUCUUCUCACACUUGCUGAGGAGAGAACGGGUGGGGCCAACCACCGAUCGACGGGUGGGGGUAGGCACAGAGUCGCCCGCAAGUUUAGGUCCGGCCCAGGUCCGGAUGAGGGGGCACGGCACAGGCGCCACCGGCACCGUCAAGCUCGUACCGAGGUUAAGAGUCUGGACUGCAUGCAGUCUCCUCAGGAAGUGACGAGAUUGAGACGAUCAGUAAGCCAGGACAGGAAGAUAUUGGACGAAAGGGAGGAGACGGAGGAGAGAGAGGAGAAGGAGACCAUACAAGUUGAGGGAGGCUCAGUAACAGAUGACGGCGGCACCUGCAUCAUCAACCCAUACGCAGAGGUUGGGGAGGAUCAUGGAAGAGUCAGUGUCCCCGGCGCAGAAAUUCCGGAUCCUCCCAAAUGCAGCCAGCUCCCCGAAUCACUACCCCCAGCCCUGCUGGACUGCACCUGGGCCGAACAGGACGAAGUUGGGCCGAAUGACCAGUAUGAUCCCUUGUGCCAGAACCUUGCGGUGGAGCCCGCCGUAGAAGCCACCGAGUACUCUGUCGGGUUGUUUGACGCCGAGAACCACCCGGCUUCUCUGACAUGUGACAAGUUGAACCCAGAGGCAGAUGUCAUCAUCGAAAUGUCGGCGCAGCCCCUGCUCGAGCUCACCCCCAUGACAGUGAACAGCAAAGAGUUGGAGGUCUUCCAGUCAGAGCAGAGAGAGAAAGAGGAGGAGACAGAGGAGGAGGAAAUACCCAUUCCUCCCAAACCUGUGGCUCCAGACAGCAUGUUCAUUUUCAAAGCCUCCAAUCCCAUCAGGAGGAUCUGCCACUAUGUGGUUACCCUGCGCUAUUUUGAGAUGACCAUCCUCCUGGUAAUUGUGGCCAGCAGCAUUGCACUCGCUGCUGAGGAUCCUGUGUGCACCAACUCAGACAGGAACAAGGUGCUGCGUUAUUUUGAUUACGUCUUCACCGGAGUGUUCACCUUUGAGAUGAUCAUCAAGAUGAUAGACCAGGGUCUGAUUCUGCACGACGGCUCCUAUUUCCGAGACAUGUGGAACAUCCUGGACUUCAUUGUGGUGGUGGGAGCUCUGAUUGCCUUCGCUUUAACGAAUGUGAUGGGGAACAACAAAGGCCGAGACAUUAAGACCAUUAAAUCCCUCCGAGUGCUGAGAGUCCUGCGACCUCUCAAAACCAUCAAGAGGCUCCCCAAACUUAAGGCUGUUUUCGACUGCGUGGUCACGUCCUUGAAGAACGUCUUCAACAUUCUCAUCGUCUACCAGCUCUUCAUGUUCAUAUUCGCCGUCAUCGCCGUGCAGCUCUUCAAGGGAAAGUUCUUCUACUGCACCGACGGCUCCAUGAAUACAGAGAAGGAAUGCCAAGGCUACUACAUUGACUACAGCAGAGACAAGAAGGAGGUGAAGAGGAGGGAGUGGAGAAGACACGAGUUCCACUACGACAAUGUCUGCUGGGCCCUCCUCACACUUUUCACCGUCUCCACGGGGGAGGGAUGGCCUCAGGUCCUCCAGCACUCUACUGAUGUCACGGAAGAGAACAUGGGUCCAAGCCGGGGGAACCGGAUGGAGAUGUCCGUGUUCUACGUGGUCUACUUUGUGGUGUUCCCGUUCUUCUUCGUCAACAUCUUUGUGGCUCUCAUCAUCAUCACCUUCCAGGAACAGGGUGACAAGAUGAUUCAGGAGUGCAGCCUGGAGAAGAAUGAGAGGGCCUGCAUUGACUUUACCAUGAGCGCCAAACCCAUGACCCGCUACAUGCCGCAGAACAGGCAAACCUUCCAGUACAGACUGUGGCACUUUGUUGCGUCGCCCUCUUUUGAGUACACAGUGCUGGUCAUGAUCGCCCUGAACACUGUGGUUCUGAUGAUGAAGUAUCACUCAGCCCCGACAGCCUACGAUACGGUGCUGAAGCAUCUGAACACAGCCUUCACCGUCCUCUUCUCCAUGGAGUGUGUGCUGAAGAUCAUGGCGUUUGGCCUUGUGAACUACUUCCGAGACACAUGGAAUAUUUUUGAUUUCAUCACGGUGCUCGGCAGCAUCACAGAGAUAAUCGUGGAUUUACAGUCGUUGAACACCAUCAACAUGAGUUUCCUGAAGCUCUUCCGAGCGGCCAGGCUGAUCAAGCUGCUGAGGCAGGGUUACACCAUACGGAUCCUGCUCUGGACCUUCGUGCAGUCCUUUAAGGCUCUCCCUUAUGUCUGUCUUCUCAUCGCCAUGCUUUUCUUCAUAUAUGCCAUAAUCGGCAUGCAGGUAUUCGGAAACAUCAAGUUGAAUGACGAGAGCCACAUCAACCAGCACAACAAUUUCAAGACCUUUUUCAGUGCACUGAUGCUCCUUUUCAGGAGUGCAACGGGGGAGUCCUGGCAGGAGAUCAUGCUCUCAUGUCUGGGCGGUCAGGAGUGUGAGCCGGACCCCUCCAUCGCCCCCCUCACCAUAUCACCAGACCACGAGGGGGGCUGCGGCACCGAAUUCGCUUACUGCUACUUUGUCUCAUUUAUUUUCUUCAGCUCUUUUCUGAUGCUAAAUCUCUUCGUGGCUGUGAUUAUGGAUAAUUUCGAGUACCUUACGAGAGAUUCCUCGAUCCUCGGCCCCCAUCACCUGGACGAGUUUGUGCGCAUCUGGGGAGAGUAUGACCGUGCAGCAUGUGGCCGUAUCCACUACACGGCCAUGUAUGAGAUGCUGACCCACAUGUCACCACCCCUGGGCCUGGGGAAGAAGUGUCCGGCUAAAAUCGCCUAUAAGAGGUUGGUGUUGAUGAACAUGCCUGUGGAUGAAGACAUGACGGUCCAUUUUACCUCCACCCUGAUGUCUCUCAUCCGUACCGCGUUGGACAUAAAAAUAGCCAGAGGAGGCGAAGACCGUGUCGCGCUGGACACCGAGCUGCAGAAGGAGAUCAGUGUCAUCUGGCCUUACCUGCCACAGAAGACCUUGGACUUACUGGUGCCUAUAAACAAAGAUACUGACAUGACUGUUGGCAAGAUCUACGCUUCGAUGAUGAUAAUGGACUACUUCAAACAAAACAAAGCCAAGAAGCUUAGACAACAGCUAGAAGCCCAGAAGAGUAAUUUGAUUUUCAAGCGUCUAGAUGCAUCGGCCCUCCCUGAUGACAUUCUCUCCAACACCCAGCCACUCCCGUCCAUGGCCCACAGCGCCGGCUCAGCCCUGACCAGGGGAGGUUUUGUGGCUUUGAGCCCCAUCUCACCCCAGGAGCUCUUCCUGGAGCCUGAGUGCUCAGACGUUGAGUCAAGCCAAAGCCAAAGCCAAUGCCUGGUGGGGAAGAGCAGUAGGUCAAUGGGAGCCUCACUGGAGCUCCCGCUAGGCAGGGGCCUGUGCGCACGGGCUUCCUCCAUGCCUCGUCUGGCUGUAGACUCGCAGCAGGCAGAGGUUUCAUCAGGUUCCAUGAAGCGUUCCGUCUCCACUGUUGCGGAUCAGCGGGUGAAUGGCCUGUGGCAGGAGGAAGAGGAGGAGAAAAGCCCUGAGAGAGUGUACAGACCCCGUCACAAGAGUUACAAGGCAGCAGUGUCUCGGUCUGAGCAGUGGCAGCAGGCUGACAGGGACAGAGAACGUGGCCGGUCCAAGGAGCGCCGUCACCUCCUCUCCCCAGACACGUCACGAUGCAACUCCGAGGAGAGGAGCCUGCAGCCCUCACGCUGCUCCAGUGCUGAACGGACACACGCCAAGGAUAAACAGGGCAACAGCUCAGAAAGCCCUGUACCCUCCACCUCGGAGUCCAGUACCCCCAGCGGCCGACGGCCCGUGUCUCAAACCCCUACACGCUCCCGCCCUCACAUCUCCUACUCCCCUCUCGUGUGCCGCACACAACCGUCCGUGGACGAGGACGAGCCGGGCAGCCCGGAGACCCUGAGGCGGGGUAAGCCCGUGUGGGAGGCUCAAGAGGGGCCGGCCGGUGAAAGACAGAGGGAAGCCGCCCAGCAUCAGAGCCCGCCUCGACGUUACCCCUCUGAGCCAUUCCUGACCUCCCAGGAGGACGACCACAGUCCAGACCCCACCGGUCCCAUGGAGACGCUGACCUUCGAGGCGGCCGUGGCCCACAGCCUGGGACGCUCAAACACCGUCAGCUCAGCCCGCCCACGCUCGCGGACGGGCUGGCAGAUCCCCAACGGACAUUUCCGGAAACGCCUGGCACAGACGGUCUCAGUGUCUGGCUGUGAUCCACUCAGCGACACGGAGGAGGACGACAGGCUCUAGAGACGGGAGGUGGAGCCUGGCCUGGGCGGCGGCGGGGGUUGUUAAUCCCAGAAAAGUGUUAGGAAA